UUUUGUUUAGGGUUCUAUUGCGGCAAUGGGCUGGAAAGAAUCGGACUUGGUGGUGGAUUUGGAUCCUCCGGAUGAAGAGUGCCCGAUCUGCAUCAGCUCGCUCCAAGGUGAUGAGGUCGUCGUCGAGCUCUCUCGAUGCAACCAUCACUUCCACCACAAAUGCGUCACAUCUUGGUUCCGCUCUCGCCCUAGCUGCCCAACUUGCCUCCGUCCGUACGGGAUCUUCACUGGAACCCAGCCCCGGGGAUCCAUGUUCGUACAGACGCAGAGCGAUUGGAGCUGUGCAGGGUUUCCAUUGCACGGUGUUAUCACGAUUAAUUACCGCUUCCCAAAUGGAAUCCAGGGGCCAGAGCAUCCCAAUCCUGGGUAUCACUACAAAGGGACUGUACGAACGGCAUUUUUGCCUGAUAAUGAAGAAGGGCGAGAUAUAUUGAGGCUCUUGAAGAUAGCAUGGGAGCGAAAGCUGGUUUUCACUGUGGGGACGUCAAUUACCACAGGUUUAAGUAACUGUGUAAUCUGGAAUGGCAUCCACCACAAGACUCAGUACGAAGGCACAUACGGAUAUCCAGAUGCGACUUAUCUCAGUAGAGUAAGGCAGGAACUCGCUGCAUUGGGCGUUUUUUAACGUAAAACUCUAGCUGCCACGUGGACGGUUGCAAUUCAAACUCAAAUGCAUAGUGAAGAGAAGAGAAUAUUCUUCAGGA